CUCUUGUUUGCAUCGCAUCAUCCGUGUAGCCGCAUCGACAUCGACACGCUGCUGCACUCUUUUCCAUCCCAUCAUACCCACCCACAGCCGCAGCCAUGAAGGGCCUCCUCGGCUUGACGCUGCCGCUGCUGGCCGCCGCCUCGCCAGUCCUCGUCGACCACUCCAUCCACCAUGGAGAGGCGCCCGUCUUGUCAUCAAUGAACGCAAAGGAGAUCCCUGGCAGCUAUAUGAUCAAGUUCAAGAAGCAUGUCACCCACACUCUCGCCGCCCAGCACCACGACUGGGUCCAAGACAUGCACCUCAACACGCAGCAGGCGAAGACGGAGCUCAGGAAGAGAUCGCAAGAGCCAAUACUGGCCGACUUCUUCCACGGCCUCACCCACACAUACAACAUCGCCGGGAGCUUGAUGGGCUACGCGGGCCACUUCGACGAAGAUGUCAUUGAGCAGAUUCGCCGCCACCCAGAUGUUGAAUACAUCGAGAAGGACCAAGAGGUCCACACUAUGGGCGACGAUGGCGAGCUGGAGAAGAACGCUCCUUGGGGUCUUGCCCGUAUUUCCCACCGCGAUGGCCUGUCGUUCGGUACCUUCAACAAGUACCUCUACUCGGCCGAUGGUGGUGAGGGUGUUGACGUAUAUGUCAUUGACACUGGCACCAAUGUGGACCACGUCGACUUUGAAGGCCGUGCCUCGUGGGGCAAGACCAUCCCAGCUGGUGACGCUGAUGAGGACGGCAACGGCCACGGUACUCACUGCUCCGGCACUGUUGCAGGCAAGAAAUACGGUGUCGCCAAGAAGGCUCAUGUCAAGGCCGUGAAGGUCCUGCGCUCCAACGGUUCCGGCUCCAUGUCCGACGUCGUUAAGGGCGUUGAGUACGCUGCCCAACAACACGCUGAGCAGGUCUCCAUCGCCAAGAAGGGCAAGAGAAAGGGUUUCAAGGGUUCCGCUGCCAACAUGAGCUUGGGUGGCGGCAAGUCCUCGCUCCUCGACCAGGCCGUAAACGCCGCCGUGGAGGCUGGUAUCCACUUUGCUGUCGCUGCUGGCAACGACAACGCCGACUCUUGCAACUACUCUCCAGCUGCUGCCGAGCACGCCGUCACAGUUGGCGCUAGCACCUUGGCUGAUGAGCGUGCUUACUUCUCCAACUACGGCAAGUGCAACGACAUCUUUGCACCAGGUCUUAACAUCCAGUCUACUUGGAUCGGCAGCAAGUACGCCAUCAACACCAUCUCCGGCACCUCCAUGGCUUCCCCCCACAUUGCUGGUCUCCUUGCCUACAUGCUUUCCCUCCAGCCAUCUUCCGAUUCUGCCUACGCAGUCGCCGACAUCACGCCUAAGAAGCUCAAGGCCAACCUCAUCAAGACCGGCACUCUCGGAGCGCUCAGCGAUGUUCCAAGCAACACCGCCAACGUCCUCGCCUGGAACGGCGGUGGAUCAUCCAACUACAGCGACAUCAUCGAGAAGGGUGCCUACGAGGUCUCCUCGCCAAAGGAGUCCAAGCCAGUCGACCUUAAGGAGAAGGCGAGCGAGUACCUCGAGAAGUUUGAGGAGCUUGAGCAGAAGCUUGAGAAGGAAAUGAAGGACUUCCUCCGCCAGAUCAAGAGCCAGUAAAUUGGGAGUCUGACUCAGGAUAAAUCUUGAUACCCACGAUUGGGGGAUUGUAUACUCGAACGGACACGACGACUCUUUGUAAUGGGAGCCAUUGCAUAGACUGUACUGAAGCUUGGUCAACCACUGAGCGACGGUGCAGUACGUAGACGCCUAACAGGGUGGCACAAAUCUCAUUGCGUCAGCAUUCACGACAGGCGGUUAGGUAGCAUUAUGGCCUAAUGUCAUGACAUCAAACAUAGUAUGUCUUUCCG